AGGUUACGCGAGCCUGGCUUCAUGCCACUCACAAUAUGUCCAGUUUAUAUAUUGGUCUACGAAAUUAUUUUAAGAUGUGAUAUAUAACAUAAUUAACUGUCAAUCGUCCUCUCACACCGUACUCCGCACGUCUGGUUACGCUCAGCUGUCAUGUAGGCCUAGCAGUCGCAGGCCUAUUUUUAUCUCUCGUUUACAUAUUUACCUGUUAAGCAUCAUGGUGUGGAAAGUUGACAUCAAGUCGAUAGUCUUAGAGGCAGAUGAACUUCAGGUUUCCGUCAGAGACAACGAUAAAUGUAAUAUAAAGAUCUGUGAUGUGAUUGGCUGUCACUCAUGUGAAAGGCCCGCCAGCUUCCUGUCCAGUCUGUUUUCACUUCCUCCUAACAUUGCCAUCAGGUAUAUUUCUAAAGGUCCAAAGUACAAAUGGACGACAGAGACCGUGGAGGUAACGGGGUCAGAGGAGGAGUGCGAGGCUCUCAAGAACAGGAUAAAUGAAAAACUGGGUCAAGAUAAAGAAAGACCCAGGAAACUAGCAGUCUUUAUUAACCCCAUAGGAGGUAGCCAGAACUCUCUAGAUGUGUACAGCAGAGUUAUCUGCCCUUUGUUCAAAGCUGCAAACAUCACAUGCGAUGUCCUGGUUUCUGAGCGGCCGAAGCAUAUGAUUGAGUUGAUUAGCGGGUUUGAUACAGCUAGUGUUGAUGGACUGGUUCUCAUGGGUGGUGAUGGAACUCUGCUUGAGAUCUUGAAUGCUCUCCUGACCAAGGUCCAGAAAGAGUCUGGAGUGGAUUAUGACCAGCCGACCAGUAAACUAAAGCCAUUGGAGGUUCCAAUUGGAGUGAUUCCAACAGGUACAGGAAAUGGUACGGCUAAAGGGUUGUAUGGCAAUAUAGACGUCGUAACUGCUGUUCUUCACAUCAUUAAAGGUGGGACAGAUUUUAACAAUGUCCAGGGAGUAUACAGUGGGGGAAAGCUUGUGUCUUUCAGUGCGAUUCUCGUUGCUUAUGGAUUGUUCUCAGACUUGAUUUAUCACGUUGACAAAGAGAGAUGGCUGAAAAAGGCAAGAUAUGUGGUUGUACCAUUGAAGUAUAUGCUUUUCAAAAGACAGAGGGUAUUCAAGGCUAAAGUGACUCUUUUUCCUCGGAAGCCAUGUUCUGAUUCUCAAGGAGCCACAGGUAGUGAAGAAUCGGAGGCAAUGGAAGAAAAAGAAGGGAGAUUUGCAAGCGUCACAUCAUGCGGGGCCAGUCAGAGUUUUCUCUGUGGCCCAUUUGGCCCCUCUCUCGUGUCAUAUAUAACACAACCUGGGGACUUUGUGGUAGUGUCUUAUAAAGAAUGUGGAAAACUAGAAUUUCUUAAUCAUUUUGUGAGCUUUGGACUGGAAAAACCUGAUGCAGUGAGUACAAUGUAUGGGAUUUAGUUGUGAAUGAAGAGCAACAUCAAAUGGCAUUCAUCUUGUGUUUAUCAUUUUUUCUUCAACUUUUUUUUAAUUUAUCAGUGGCACAGCUGACUGUAGCAGUGGGGUCUGUGACAGCUAACUGUAGAAGUGGGGUCUGUGACAGCUGACUGUAGAAGUGGGGUGUGUGACAGCUAACUGUAGCAGUGGGGUGUGUGACAGCUAACUGUAGCAGUGGGGUCUGUGACAGCUGACUGUAGAAGUGGGAUGUGUGACAGCUAACUGUAGCAGUGGGGUAUAUAACAGCUAACUGUUGAUGUGGGGUC